CCCCCCCCCCCCCCCCCCAAAAAAGAGAGAGAGAGUGAGAUAGAAUAAUCCUUAAGCUUCUUCAAACAAUGGCUGGCAAAAACCCACUUCAAAAAUGCUUUCUUUCCAUCAUCUUAUCCCUCAAUCUCAUGGUUCUACAUGCAGAAACUGGUCAGAAGAAGACUUAUGUUGUCCAUAUGGACAAAUCUGCCAUGCCUUCACCUUACACUAAUCACCUACAGUGGUACACUUCAAAGAUAGACUCUGUAAGAGAUCCCAAAUCACACGAAGAAGAAGAAGGUGACAGAAUACUCUACACUUACCAGACAGCGUUUCAAGGAUUAGCAGCUCGACUUAGCAAAGAGGAAGCAGAGAGGCUCGAGGAAGAACCUGGUGUCAUAGCUGUGAUUCCUGAGACAAGGUACGAGCUUCACACCACAAGAAGUCCCAGGUUUCUUGGGUUAGAGAGGCAAGAGAGUGAGAGAGUUUGGGCAGAGAGAGUCACCGACCAUGAUGUGAUAGUUGGUGUUUUGGACACUGGGAUAUGGCCUGAGAGCGAGAGCUUCAACGACACAGGCAUGUCCCCUGUUCCUUCUACUUGGAGAGGUGCCUGUGAAACCGGAAGAGGGUUCUUGAAACAUAACUGCAACAGAAAGAUUGUCGGUGCUAGAGUUUUCUACAGAGGAUACGAAGCUGCAACGGGGAAGAUCGACCAAGAGCUUGAGUACAGAUCACCUAGAGACAAAGACGGUCACGGGACGCACACUGCAGCCACGGUAGCUGGCUCACCUGUCAGAGGAGCAAAUCUUCUUGGAUUUGCUUACGGAACGGCUCGAGGGAUGGCUCCAAAGGCAAGAGUGGCUGCUUACAAAGUCUGUUGGGUUGGAGGAUGUUUCAGCUCGGACAUCUUGUCAGCUGUUGAUCAAGCCGUUGCCGAUGGAGUUCAUGUUCUCUCUAUAUCCUUAGGUGGUGGGAUCUCAACUUAUUCACGUGACAGUUUGGCUAUAGCAACGUUCGGAGCGAUGGAGAUGGGUGUGUUCGUCUCGUGUUCAGCUGGUAAUGGAGGUCCUGACCCGAUCAGCCUCACGAAUGUUUCACCGUGGAUCACAACGGUUGGUGCAAGUACCAUAGACAGAGACUUUCCAGCCACGGUGAAGCUAGGAACUAGAAGAGUAUUCAAAGGAGUUUCUCUUUACAAAGGCAGAACAGUUUUGUCUCGGUCCAAACAGUAUCCUCUUGUUUACUUUGGUAGGAACGCAAGCAGCCCUGAUCCCACCUCGUUCUGUCUAGACGGUGCUCUCGACGGGCACAACGUGGCAGGCAAGAUCGUGAUAUGCGACCGCGGUGUUACUCCGCGUGUGCAAAAGGGUCAGGUUGUGAAAAGAGCUGGAGGAGUUGGGAUGAUACUGACCAACACCGCGACAAACGGCGAAGAGCUGGUAGCAGAUUGUCAUCUGCUACCAGCCGUUGCGGUAGGGGAGAAAGAAGGUAAAGUGAUCAAGGAGUAUGCGAUGACGAGUAAAAGAGCCACUGCGAGUUUAGAGAUCCUUGGGACAAGAGUUGGAAUCAAACCGUCUCCUGUUGUAGCAGCAUUCUCUUCGAGAGGACCCAACUUUCUCUCCCUGGAGAUCUUGAAACCGGACUUGCUAGCUCCGGGAGUGAACAUUCUCGCGGCUUGGUCUGGAGACAUGGCGCCAUCGAGUCUGUCGUCUGACAAAAGGAGGGUUAAGUUCAAUAUACUGUCGGGAACUUCCAUGUCGUGUCCUCACGUGAGCGGUGUGGCUGCUUUGAUCAGAUCAAGGCAUCCGGAUUGGAGUCCCGCAGCGGUCAAAUCGGCUCUCAUGACGACGGCUUACGUUCACGACAACAUGCUUAAGCCUCUUACGGAUGCAGCGGGAGAAGAACCUUCGUCGCCUUAUGAUCACGGUGCUGGACAUAUAGAUCCUUUGAAAGCUAUAGAUCCUGGUCUUGUCUACGACAUUGGACCUCAGGAGUAUUUUGAUUUCCUCUGCACUCAAGAGUUGAGUCCUUCGCAGCUCAAGGUCUUCACAAAGCAUUCGAACAGAUCUUGCAAACACAGUCUUGCCGGUAAUAACCCUGGAAACUUGAACUACCCUGCGAUUUCAGCUUUGUUCCCAGAGAACACACGUGUUAAAGCUAUGACACUUAGAAGAACCGUGACCAAUGUUGGUCCUCACGUUUCAAGCUACAAGGUCUCUGUCUCUCCUUUCAAAGGCGCAACCGUCACAGUCCAGCCAAAGACACUCAAUUUCACUACGAAACACCAGAAGCUUUCCUACAGUGUUACUUUCAGGACGAAGCUGCGGAUGAAGAGGCCUGAGUUUGGUGGUCUUUUAUGGAAGAGUGCGACGCAUAAGGUUCGUAGCCCGGUUAUAAUCACAUGGUUGCCUCCUCUGUAGAGAGGACAAACCGUUAUUGAAGAAACUCUAAUGUUUUAGUUUCAACAAAUAAGAUUUCUUUAUGUAAGGAGGGAGAGAUGAGCUCUUCUCUAGAAGCAAUGCUUUAAAAAACAUUUUCAGUAGUUUUUAGUUCAUGUUCUUGCAGAAGCUACCUUUUAAAAUAAAAUACCGUGUUUUCAUCAAA